AUGGGGGAUCGAGGUCAUCUACUGCCUCCGGCGAUGGGGAUUCAAGGUUCGGAGGUUGUGAUUACGAAAGAGGGUGACCAAGGUUCGGUGAUUAGAAACUCGGUGACGGUGGGAAAAGGAGAAUCUUUGGGAUCGGAGAUGAAGAAACAAAAUCUAUCAGCGCCUUCGACAGAAACGUUGGAAGGUAGUCAGUCUAUUCCGAUUAACUCGGAUCUGAAAACGGGGGAGUGGAUUAACGCGGUUAAAGGGAAGAAUAUUUUGAAGAAAUAUGAGAUGAAAAUUCAAAUGGAAGAUGGUGUGGGAUCUGUGAGUGUGCCGGAUGAAGUUUUCAAGGAUGCUGCUCCUUUGUGGGAAGAUUUUCUAAUUGGAAGAUUUUUGGAUAAAGCUCCGCAUAUAGGCAAGGUUCAUGCGAUUGUCAAUAAGAUUUGGGCGCAAAGUGACAAGUCGCAGAUGAUUGAUGUUUACGUGAUUAACUCCACAACAAUGAAGUUCAAAGUGAGUAAUCCAGUCACGAGGAACAUGAUUGUACGAAGAGCAAUGUGGAACAUUGCUGAAGUUCCAGUUAUCAUGGCGAAAUGGUCUCCAUUAAUAGAAGAUAUUGAGCAGGAAACACAUUCAAUACCUCUCUGGGUCCACUUGAAGAAUGUACCAAUGGAUAUGUUCUCCUGGAAGGGCUUAAGUUUUGUGACAAGUCCGGUUGGUAUACCUGCGAGAUUACAUCCGGAAACUGAGCAAUGCAUAUAUCUGAAGAUUGCUAAGGUGUUUGUCAAAGCUGAUUUGUCGAAAGAGUUACCAAAAUCAAUGAACUUCACAUUUCAGGGGAAUAAAACUCGGGUGGAAUAUACUUAUCUGUGGCUCCCAUCAAAAUGUACUCAUUGUGGCAAAUGGAGACAUCUUAUGCGAGCUUGUAGAAGGAGGAAGGAAGAGAGUGAAGUUGAAAUGGAGAUUAAGGUUCAGGAGGUUGGUAAUGUGAAGGAGAAAUGUGCAGAGGUGGUGGAAUCGAAAGAAGUUGAAGCUGCUGGGUCGGAAACUAUUCUUGAUGCUGAUGCAGAGGAUAAGAUGGACAUGACAACUAGCAAAAAUGGGAAUAUUAUGGAGGUUCUAGAGAAGACGAUAGUAGAAAGUAAUAAGGGAAGUGAAGGAGAAAAAAUUUGGAUGGAUGUAUCGCCGGGGAAAGCUAGUCGUACCCCUGCAGUAACAAAUAAACUAAAGUUUUGUCAGGUAUCAAUCCUUUCUAAAUCAAGAUUUUCAGUACUGAGUUUGGAUGAAGAAGAGGGAGAAAUAACAUAG